AUGGCUGUUGCAGCGGGCGUCGGUAAAGGCGAAAGCAAUGUGCGCCCACCGCCUGAUCAAGUGAUGCAGGAUAUGGCCGAUUAUGUCCACAACUACGAUAUCAAGUCCAGCACCGCUUACAAUACGGCCCGUAUGUGUCUAUUGGACUCACUGGGCUGUGGUAUUGAAGCUCUGCGCUUUCCUGCUCCGCGCGCGGUGUGUGGCCCGGUUGUCGAGGGCACGACGGUGCCGAAUGGCGCCCAUGUCAUCGGCACCAACUACGUGCUCGACCCCAUUCGCGCUGCCUUUAACAAUGGCGCGCUCAUCCGCUGGCUAGACUUUAACGACACAUGGCUCGCUGCCGAAUGGGGACACCCCUCGGACAAUCUCGGUGCCAUUCUCGCUGUCGCAGACUGGGUCUCUCGCACGAACGUAGCCAAGGGCAAAGCGCCACUGACCGUGAACGACGUGCUGACUGCAUGCAUCAAGGCGCACGAAAUCCAGGGAAACAUGGCCAUUGAAAACAGCUUCAACCGUGUAGGCCUGGACCACGUCGUGCUGGUCAAGGUUGCCAGUGCUGCUGUUGUAUCCAAGCUGCUAGGCCUAUCGCGUGAUCAGACAAUUGAUGCGAUCUCACACGCCUUUGUCGAUGGCCAGUCGCUCCGCACGUACCGCCAUGCUCCGAACGCUGGAUCGCGCAAGUCAUGGGCGGCCGGUGAUGCCUGUGCGCGUGCCGUGAACCUCGCCCUGCUUGUGCAACGUGGCGAAGGCGGCUACAACUCCGUGCUGACAGCCAAGACAUGGGGUUUCUACGAUGUCUUGUUCAAAGGCCGAGAAUUCCAGUUCCAGCGCCCAUACACGUCGUACGUGAUGGAAAAUGUGCUUUUCAAGCUGGUGCCAGCCGAAUUUCACGCUCAGACGGCCGUGGAGGCCGCAGUGCAGCUGCAUGCGAAACUUCGUGAGAUGGGCAAGACGAGUGACGACAUCAAGAGCAUCAAGAUCCGUACGCAGGAAGCAGCGAUCCGCAUCAUCAGCAAGCAGGGUAAGCUGAACAACUAUGCUGAUCGUGACCACUGUAUUCAGUACAUGGUGGCUGUCCCACUCAUUAAGGGCAGCUUGGAGCCAGGCGACUACACAGACGAAUUCGCCGCGGAUCCACGCAUUGAUGCCCUGCGUGAGAAGACCACAGUGGAGGAGGAGCCCCGCUAUACGAAAGAGUACCUUGAGCCGGAGAAGCGCUCUAUCGGAAAUGCCGUGUCACUCGAGCUCAAUGACGGUACCAAGAUCGACGAGAUUGCUAUUGACUACCCCGUUGGGCACGCUCGUCGCCGCGACGAAGCUGUGCCCCUCAUUGCGAGCAAGCUCCGAAAGCACCUAGACGGCAUGUACAGUGAUGCUGAGAAAGAAAAGAUUCUCUCGCUUCUAACGGAUCACGAGCGCCUCGUGUCCAUGCCAGUGAACGAGUUUAUUGACCUCUGGACUCGUCCGUAG